GACGUGGAAAUUUCGGGCUGUCCGAGCGGGGCCCGCGGGGGUGGUCGGGAGCAACGAUUGGCGGCGGGGCGUGCGCCCUGCGCCGGCGGAUGCUGUGCCGCCCGCUCGGCUGCUGCCUGCUGGUGCAGUCGCUCGGCUCGCACAGGUCAGUGCUGGAUGAACUCUGCUCGCGGCACCUGAGGCACCUCUCGCCGGCCACUUGUCGCGCGCCGCUCCGCUCCGCUCGCCGCACUUCCUCAAGGAUGGACGAACAGCAUCCGACCGGGUGGCCAGGCAACGCGAGCGCCGAGGACGAGACGACCUCGAGCAGCCUGCCCAGUCUCGAUCACUGGCUCAAAUACCAGUCUCCCCGGCCAGAAAUCCACUACGCCGUCGGCACCAUGCUCGUUUUGAUUGGCACCACCGGCGCGUUGGGCAACUCGCUCGUCCUCUUCGUUUUCACAAGAUUCCGCAGACUGCGAGGUCCAGCGAGUUCUUUCAUCGUUAAUCUGGCCAUCGCUGAUUUGUGCAACUCGCUGCUUCACUCGAUGGCAGCCGCCUCAUCCUUCAAAGGAAAGUGGAGUUUCGGUCGAACAGGAUGCGUUGUGUACGCGUUCGGGGUCGGCUAUUUCGGCCUGCUCUCGAUCGUCACCCUGUCCGCCAUCGCAGUCGAGCGCUACAUGGUCAUCACAGCGAAACCCUUCUCUGGAAACUGGAAAAUCACCCAGUAUGGCGCUCGCAAGAUGUGCGUGCUGGUGUGGCUGUACUGCCUGACGAUGGCAAUGCCGCCGUUGUUCGGCUGGUCGAAAUACGUGACCGAGGGCUUCCAGACGUCGUGCUCGUGGGACUACCUGACGCGGACAUCGUCCAACCGCGCCUACUACAUCUACCUGCUGAGCCUGGGCUUCGUGCUGCCGGUGGGCGUGAUCGCCUACUGCUACACCUUCAUCCUGGCGGCCAUCUACCAGCACGGCAAGGAGAUGGACGCCGUGAAGAAGGCGCACGUCAACAGCGGCUAUUACCGCGGCGGCAAGACCAAGGCCAGUUUCACCAGCGCCUCGCACCACGCGUCCAACAGCACCUCCAGCAGAAACGGACACGCCAGCUCCGCGCACAACAGUACCUUCAAAACGGCCGAGAUCAUCCUGCGGCUAGUGGUGUUCUUCCUGAUCUCGUGGACGCCGUACUCGAUCAUCAGCUGCAUCGGCCAGUUCGGCGACAAGUCGUUGGUGACGCCGUGGUCGACGACGCUGUCGGCGCUGCUGGCCAAGGCGUCGGUUGUCUACAACCCGAUCAUCUACGGCCUCUCGCACCCGCACUUCCGCUCCUCGCUGAAAACGUACCUGAGCUCCUUCAACGCGGCGCCGUCCAACCACACGGCGCUGCUGCGGCCCAACUCGCCCACCGCCGCCCCCACGGCCAUCGUCGCCCUCAGGGCCGGCGCGGCUGCCGCGGCCGCCGCGGCGGGGCAAGAGAGCCAGAUUUCGCUGAUGCGGGUUUCCAACUCAAGGCACCACCACCUGCAGCUGCACCACGGCCGCAGAGGGCUGUCCGGCGUGCGGGACUUCGUCAGCGACCCUGGUGACCCGUCGGAACUGCAAAAGCAUCGCUUCCUCAACAACCGGAUCCAGCAUCAGCAAGUGCUCAAUCGACCGCAACUCACGCUGCACCAUGUCACUUUGCACUGGCAAAACAACGACAGCGAGGAUCUUUCGCAGAACUCGGACGACGGCGAGGGGACGUCAGGCGUGGUGUGCAGCUCGGGCACCACCACCGUGGCCUCGCGCUACCCGCCGCCGCGGGCAAUCUGCGUGGUUUACGAGGGUGGCAGCGUCUGCUGCCACGUGACCAAGGAAAGUUGCUCCUCGUCAAUGGGACACUUGCCGAAAUCGGUCAACACCGGCAGGCGAGGCGGCGUGAGGAGCAGCACCCGCUUGGUUUUUGACGAAGACAUCCAGUGCGUCGAUUAAAAGCAGAUAGAAGAAAUUAAUAAAGCUGAACUCGCACCACUCGUGUGGCUUUUUUGACAUUUGCCCGUGUUUCGAGGCACACCAAAACUGUAUUUUUGAUGUCGGGAAAGUGUUAAUAAUGAUCGAAAAAUUGCCAAAUGUUCCAGACCAUACAAUUGAAUGUUUGGACCUAUAUUUUAAAUUCAUUUAGAAUGUUUAAAAUUCAAAAAUUUAACUCUGUUUGGCUUCUGAUGAGAAUUGUGUGAAUUUUAUAAAGCUUUAUAGUUUUUGAUGUUGAUAUUAUACCUCAGAAAAUAUUGCAGACGCUGAUACUGUUAGGGCUGUGAAAUUUGGGAAAUGGCUAAUAUGAAUCGCAGUGGAAUAUCAAAUGAGAGCACGGAAAAUAUUCAAAAUGUUUAACAAAAUAUUUGUUCUUAUCCUGCGUUCAAAGAGUUUAAUGAUACUUUGUAAAGCCGUUUUAGCAUAUUAAUUUACAAAACUUUUUGAUGUUUCCAGUUUCCACUCUUCAAUUUAUAUUUUUUUAACACUGAGCCCUGCAAAAAUCAAAUUUAUUAAUAUUUUUUAUUUUCUUGUAUUAAGUCAUGGCUAAUAAUAAACUAAAAUACAAUAAUUUUGCUUUCUUGAAUGGCUCGCUAUAUGAUAGUAGGUUGCCCAUUUCGGAUCAAAAAAAUAUUUACAAAUAGCAGGUGCAUAACCGACUAUUUAUUUUUUUGCGAAAAUUAUUAUUUUGUCCCGCGUUUGAAAAAAGAACCUACUUUGCCUAUUUUGCUUUCAUUAAUUCUAGCCGCGGUAUGUAUCACAAAUAGAUUUUUUCGAUUUAAAAUCAUCGAUAAAUGAUUUGCUAAUUUUGAGAUUUUAAAAAUACACAAUUUAUCCCCUCAACUGUUCUCCACUAAAAUGUUUUGAAUUCACCGCCCUAUUUCCUGCUCCAUGUAUUGCGUUAUAAAAUCAUUCUGAAUGUGGUUUAGUAAAAUUUAGGCUUUAUUCUUCUAAAUAUUCCUGUGUGUGGUUUCAGAGAAACGAAGUUUUAAAUGUGCCCCACCACUAUAAGAAAUAUAUUCGUUGCAAAAAUUUGUAUCAGCAACCAAAAAUGAAAUUGCAAACAAAAGCAAAAAGCGUGUUGAAAAUUAUUUGAACAGCUUUAAGUCCGUUUCAAGGAUGAAAACAUAAUGUUUCUCUAACAUUCAACAAGACUGAGAAAAAGUACAUUUGAAAUAAUUUUGAUUGAUGGAAUGAUCCAAAUAUUUCAAAUACAAUACAAUAACCUCUAGAUGAAAUGUAUAUUUGAGUUUUGAUUCUUAAUCACGAAUUGAAAUUUGUGUAAAAAAGCGCACAAAUAAAGGGAGAUUUUUAUGGAUAAAUUAAGUGACUGAACUUAAAAAUAUCCGCAAAGGGGGAAAAGUUGUGCUUCUCUGUCGUUGUCCUCGAGGAAUAUAGCUUAAAAAUAAUAUAAAAACGAUUAGAAUAAUUUAGAUCGCUUCUAUAAACAUCGCAGCCUGAUAGUUGCAAUGUUUAACGCGAAAUAAUUGAUGUAGUUAGUGUUGCUCUGCUUUGUGAACAAAAAUCUUGCGAUUUUUUACAUCGCGUGUUCCCGAACAUUUUAAAGGGGGAAAGACUAUAAGUAAGGUUAUUCAACGGCAUGGGAAAAUCAGACAGAUUGUAAUAAUGUUCCCGAUAAAUGUAAUUGAGUGAUAUUACUGAUUAAGGUAUAUGUGUAACACACGCUUGGAGCAGGUUAAAAAAUGUAAAUUAAUCUGAGGCAAAGAAAUGCUUUAAAAAUUCGCGACCCUUUCAACGUUGGUUUGCUUGCCACUUCCCUUUUCAAGAUGUAUAAAUGUGCCUAUGAAACAUUAUAAAAUCACGCUGUUUAAAUGGUGUGUAUACAUAUUUUCAAAUAAUUGAACAAAGAGCGAAUGAGAUUUUGAUAUUUUUGUUACACCAUUUGAUGCAAAUGAAUGUGAAAGAAAAUUUAUAAUUGUUCUACAAAUUUGUACGGACUUCAGGGUAUGAAACCAAAAAUCAGUUGUAAUAAAUCAAUUUCAAAAUGUGAAAAACUCUGGUGUCUGCUUAGCAAAGAUUGCUAUGUUCAGAUGAAUAUUACAUUUAAGGGGAAAAUAAUGCUAUUUUAUGGGGGUUGUAAAACUGUAGCAUUUGAUUCAUUUGUUUGUCAUUGCGCGCA